AUGAGAAAUCAGAGCUUUUACCCCCCUUCUAGCGAGGACAUGCCAGCUCCUCUCAAGUUUCCGCGACGCACAUCGUCCUUGCGUAAUAAGCGGCCACUACCUCACAUUGUCACAAUGAUUGAGCCUGAAUACAACAGGCAAUUGUUCACACUCCACGAAUGCGCCGACGAUGCUUCUCGGUCUUAUCACAAACGAAGCUUCUCCAUGGGUUCAUCACGGACGCCUACAAGCCCUGGUCUCGUCGAGUCGCCCUACAGUGAUGUAUCACCGACACUUCGUAUGUUCUCAACGUCAUACGUCAUGACAAAACCGCAAGGCAACUCUACCAGCUAUUUCGAUAGUUGCGUCAGAAAAACUCGCCAAGUAGUCCAUCCCAGCCAACAGAAGCCGCAAGGAAAAGUCCAAAAUUGGCUCUCCAAGCUCCCUAAUCGAAGGGAGUCGCCCUUUGAGGAGAAAAGGAGAGACGACGAAGUGUGCCAAAUAUCAAAGCCUAGACAGCCAUGCCCUGUCGCCGAUGCUUCUACAUCUACUGAAGUUGAGAAGCAAUUUCUGGAUCUGGAAGAAGACGACGAGUCGGAAACCUCCGAUUCUGAGGAUACCGGAGACCUUGACGGCUACCACGAGGCUCUGUUCAGGUUUUCAGCGAUCAGUGAUCUCGAUUUGGGCCCUGGCAUGACCCCUGACAAGAAACGCGCCAAUCCUUGGCUGGAUGGCCAUGUACAAGAAUGCAUCAAGCGACAUGUCCCAGAUGCCAUCUGUCAUGAGAAAUUCACCGAUAUUCCUGAGGAUGCGGAUACUGUAUAUCAGCUUCUCAACGGAUGGGAGCUUAAUCAUCACUUUGCAGUACUGAACAGAUCCAAACAUGGACUCCUCAACGCCUAUCCCAACAGCGAUGCGUUGGCUCGAAAAGAUCACAUGGCAAGUGUCGUGGAUUAUUGGAUCACCAAAAGACCCGAAAGCGUGCUUAAAGGUCAUAGUCCCGCGACCGUGAAGUUGUCCCUCGACUAUAGCGAAUAUGUUGAGGAUGCACUGGCUGCAGCGGAUGAUUUGACACUUCUGUACUCUCUUGAGGACAACGAAGCAAAGGACUCGUCGGAACGAGAUUGGUGGAUUUUGAAACCUGCCAUGAUUGAUUGCGGCCAUGGGAUUCGGAUAUUCAGUACCAUUGAUGAAUUGGCGGGUAAUCUUGAACUCGCUGCCGACAUCUCUGAAGAGGAUGAAGAGAGCGAAGAUGACGCUGAAACGCCGGAUACCAAGUUCGAAAGCGACGAUAGCGCUGAGGGUUUCAAGCCAAGUCUGUCGGCACCUGGACUUGAUUCGCUAGACGCCCUUAUCACAGCAACCGGAAAACUCUCCAUCCAGGGAAGCAACAAGAUACAGGAUCUGGUCAUCGACGAACAUGAGCGCAUUCCAUCUGCACUUCUCCGGGAAUUUGUCGCACAGCAAUACAUCGUUAACAUCCCACCUAUCGAUGGUCGAAAGUGGCAUGUUAGAGCCUACGUUCUCUCCGUCGGCCGUCUAAAAGUACACGUCUUCAACGAAAUGCUCGCUUUACUAGCACUUGACGACUACGAGCCUCCGUGGAAGAACCCCACUCUCAAAUCAUCCUUGACCAACACCGCGCUCCAAGACGAAGAAGAGUUCACCAGCAAAGAAUCCAUGAGAGACUUUUGGAAGAUCGACGAUGAUCUACUCCCCGGUGACUGGAAGAAGAGCAUCUUCGAUCAAGCUUGUCAAAUCUCGGGAGAGCUACUCCGCGCAGCCGCUCACACAAUGGCUGAUAAGUUCACGCCACUGGACAAGUGCUUUGAGCUCUUCGCCAUUGACUUCCUGACCGAUUCAAAAGGAACAGCGUGGUUAUUGGAAGUCAAUGAAACACCGGCGUUUUACGAACAAGGUUACGCGGGUGAACUUGCGCAGCGGCUUAUGGAGUCGUUGAUUUGUGUGACGUUGGAGCAUAUGGGGAUGGCUGAUAUGGAGAUCAUCGGCUAUUCGCGCUUCACUGAGCAGUAUCUUCCCGGCACGAUACACAGCCCAGCCGAAGACCCCGUCCUCGACUUCCUGGGACCGUUUCCCAACCCCCUCGAUCGUAUCCUCCUACGGUGCGACGUGCAGUCUCUCUUCAAUCUUCGACAAGUGAACUUGCAGCUGCGGGGAAUAAUAGCCAGGUCCCUGGCAUACGGGGACAUCACCAAGGCCCUUCCUCUGUACCAGGCGAUCCUCGGUACACAACAUGCGCAGCGCGUGCUUGUCAUUGACUUUUGGGUCCUGAUCACCACAAUGCGGUGUAACGUCUGCGAGGAAUCCGCCAUGCUCAUCAGCAUCCCUGAAUGGCUGCGGCUUUGCCAUACUUGCGUUGAGACUGGCGAACGAAAUGAUAGCGGCCUAGACCACAGACUCGGCGUUUCCAGGUUUGUACGAUUGAACACUUUGGCAGAGUGGCUAGCUUCAGGAAGAGCGAUACCUACCCAGUCCUGGGUCAAGGAUUACGGCGUCGGCUUGAAAGGCUAG